CCUGCCCCAAUCCCCAAGAAUUGUCUUUGGGAUAGGGGAAGGCAACAGAAGGCAAUGUGUAGUACAAUCUUGUUGAGAUCAGGAGUGUUGUGGACAACAGGAGCCUGAUGUUCUUCAUAUGGGAAACACUGCUACCAACUAUUGGGUCUGCUGAAGUGUUAUGUCAUUCUGAUCUCAACAGAAGAAAAAAAUAUUCUACCUUAGCUUGAAGAAGGAUUUUAAAAAAUGUAUCCAGUGCCUGGUUCUAUGCAUGGAGUAGAAGGAGAUAAUGGACAUCCUAGGAAACUUAUCUCUUUCCUUUUUGUUUUUGGCAUUACUUUGUUAUGUGCUGGAUUUCUGCUUUCAAUGUUUGUUUUGCAGACAUGUCCAAGCGGAGCUUUUGGUGACUGUAAAGGAGCCCUUAAAAUCAUUGGGCCUCUGCUUGCUGUUGUUGGACUAGUAUGUAUAAUUCUGGCACAAUCAAGGGCGAAAGGCUACCUCAGAGAGGUGCAGUUGCAAGAUGACCAGGUGUAUGGGUUUGUUUUUUGCCGAGGAAACUGCCAGUUUGCUCAGUUCCUUGUCUUUGGUUUUUUAUUUUUAACCAGUGGGAUGCUUAUUAGUGUCCUUGGCAUUUGGAUUCCUGGAUGCAGCCCAGGAUGGCGCUACCAGCAAUUUAACCAUAGCAAUGCAUCCAGUGUUGAACACCAGGACUGUGGAUUUCAUUCUGUUCAAACCAUGGGUCCUUUGAUUGUGCUUAUUGGAUUAUGUUUUUUUGUGAUAGCUCACAUUAAAAAGAAACAAAACAUAAAUAUUAUCCAAGAAUCUUCUGUAAAUGAAGAAGAGCAGCUAAACCCUGACUCAUUUCAAGUUACAGUAGGUGAUACCGUAAUGGUGUUUCCCCCACCCCCACCACCUUAUUUUGCUGAUUGUCCUCUACAAACAAUAAAUCCUAGCUUGGUGACAAGUGAUUUGACUUUAGGUGAAAAUCCUCCACCGUACCAUAGUACUUUUAUUAACUGAUCAAAGAAUGAUGAUUUAUCAGGCCUGGCUGCUUGCAUACAGCAGCUCAUUCUCUCUGCAAUGUCAGGAAGUGAUUCACCUUCUGAGAUUUUAUCUGCUAUCAUUCCUCCGAGCCAUCUCAAAAAUAUAAGGCAAAGGCAGCAGCUGUAAAUAAUGAAUGUUUAUUGACUUCCUCUCCAUGCAACACCCAGAUGAUCCAUUGCCAUCCACUUAUCACCAACUGUAAGAAAUACUCAGAGAUGAAGCAGGAUGAAUGGGAAGAAAGGUGUAUGAAGUAAGAGAGAGAGAGAGAGAGAGAGG